AUGCUGAGAGCCAUCUUGCGAUCAAUUCUUGAACGAAACCCCCAAGCUUUCAAAUCAUUCAAGAACCUUUAUCGCGCUCGCGUGCAGACUGAACAUCAUGUCUCCUGGAUUGAUGAAGAUUGCCAUGCCCUGGCCGAGGCCCUACGAGCAAUCGCCGUAAACGACACAACUCCACGUACUAUCUUGAUUCUAGAUGGGCUUGACGAGUUUCUUGGGAACCAAUCAGAUCCGUAUACAGUCCAGGAGUUCCUGGAGCUGCUUUCCUCCCUGGCAUAUACCAAGAACAGCCACAUAUGGCUAAUCGCUUGCAGUCGCCCAGUCCCCGAAUUUCGGUCUGAGUUUAUGGAGUGUUUCCAUAUAUCUAUUCACGAGAACAACUGUAAGGAUGUUUCAAUCUUUAUUGAAAAUGGAAUUUCGAAGCUGCGAGCAGCAUGGCCUCAACGCGAAAAGAAGCGAGGUGGUAAAUCGAGGCACUUGAACGCCUUCGCUCAACCGUUGCCUAUACAACCAGAAAGACUGAGCUCUCAAGAAGAGUUGGAACUUGAAACGUUAAGACAAUACUUGACUUCACGAAGUUCGGGGUCGAUCAUCUGGAUAAAGCUUGUCCUUUCUGAAGUGGAACUUCUAAUUCGACGAAAAGAAGGAUUCACUCUUGAACAUCUUCGGGAGAAGGUCCAGUCAUUACCCCGAGAUCUUCACAACCUUUAUUGUGAGAUAAUCACUCAGUUAGGACUAGACCACAAUUCAGAGAAAGCAAGGAUGGCAGAAAAGAUAUUUUUGUGGGUUACAGGCUCUCGUGGAUGGGGCAUUUUGAAACUUCAGGAACUUCGAGAGGCACUGGCGAUACCAGGAAACUACCAACAGUGCACUACCAUGGCCGCUUUCGAUAAUCUACAGGCUAAUUGCCAUCAAAUUGGAGACGACUGGGAUUAUUUCUAUUCCAUUAUCUACUCUCACUGCGGAGGCCUCGUUGAAUUUAUGCCACCAGUGCGACUUGAUAACGCGACUACGAUUACACUUGAGGAGAUGAGCGGGGAUUGGACUGUCCAGCUGGUCCACCACACUGCAAAGUCAUUCCUUGAGUCCAAAAACAAGCCUUCGCAACUGCGAAUCGUCGACGCAGAUGCUGUUCAGUUCGUUGCCACACAAUCGGCAUGGUACUUGACUCUUAUCUUCCCGCCAGGGUGUUCGCGAGACAUCUUUAAUAUGACUGAUGACGAUAUUGACGGGGCAACACUGUCUACUGGCUCAUACAUGUCAACUACACUCGGUUGGGUAGAAUGUUUGAAAGGCUCGUCGUCGCCUCAGUCCAGCUUGAAUAUGCCAGUCUUGGUAAAACAGAACUUAUGGAGGCUGAUGCACCGUCUCAACUCAGCACCUCUACUUCUCUUUGUGCUGAACGUUUUGAGGAACAAUAAUGCCAGUACAAUAUGGUCUUUAGCAAAAGAGACACCUGACUUCCUCAUCUGGUGGCUCCGGUAUCUUCAAGUUCCGUCCGAAAAUGAAAGAACCGUCAGUGGUCUUUCGGAAUACUUGUGCAGCCCUGGCAAUAUGCGCAUUCUUUCCAUUUUGCUUCAGCUCAGAGAGAUUCUGGCCGAAGCUUCGACUUCAGUUCAUGACAUCUCGAGUGGUCCAUUAUACUAUACACAAGAUGAAUCUUCACUCCUCUCUGGGCCUUGGCACGACCUGGAGAGGUUCUUGACAGAACUUCCUUCUUGGACGGCUGGUCUACAUUAUCCUAUUUACAGUGAAUGCAACCUUACGAUUGCUACGGAAAACGUGGAUGAUGCGAAAUGGGGCGAUCUGCGGAACGGUAGGGUUAUAAGAGAAGCUCGAGACUUAUGGAGCUCCCCGACCCCAAGUGAACCCCUCAAUUUUUCAGACGAACAUACACCCAGUCCGUUAGACGACCUUACACUACUCGGAAGUAUAUCCUCUUAUGAUCGCCAACGAGAGUUUGAGGUUGCUUGUUGGGUUAAUGAGGCCCCAUUUGUUUUGGACAGAUUUUGA